AUAGAUAGAUAAGCAUAGCAUAUAGUGAGAUAGCAUAGCAUAACAGAUAGCUUAGAGAUAGAUAAAGAGUAGGCCUUGGUCAUAAAUAAAGUUAGACAAAAUGGUAUAUUACUGUGUUUGUGGCGGGUGCAAGAACUCCAGCAAAACUGGACAUAGGGUCCAUUCCUUCCCCAAGGACAAAGGAAUUUUCCGAAGCUGGGUGCAAUUUGUGAAGAUUAGGCGGGCAGAUUUUUCAGCUAGCUCUGUCACCGCCUACUCAAGAAUAUGCAGCGCGCAUUUUAAAGAGGAGGAUUACAACUCAGGGGACGCCAAGAUGGUCUCACUUGGUUUAAAGAGUGAGAGGAGUGUUAAAUUACUUCCUACCGCCGUGCCGUCGGUGAACCCAAGCCUCCCUGCUUGCCCUGUCCCGAGGUCGAGAGACACCGUCUGCCGCCGCAAGCGAGAAAUUGCCACGAUGUUGAUAGACGCCUCACAGCAGGAGACUUUGGACAGUGUAGACACUGUGGAGAGUGUCUAUACUGGGGAUCAGCCCUUGCCCUCCUCCACUUCUGACGCUGGGACACAGUGUUCUUUGAAGCCCCCCCGAUGGUCUCACGCUGUGCAGGUUAACCUGAAGCCCAAGAUGGUCAGCGUGGGCACACAGACAUCAUUCUGCCCACAAACCUCCACUCCCCUCGCUAGUCCUGAACAGACAGAUGAUGAUGAUAAUGCCUCUGUCAUCAGUGACUCAUCGUGGGUGCCCGAAGAGCCGAUGCAUGAGGAGCAUGAGGAGGACUUGUUGGAUGAGCCACCUUACACGUGUGACCCCCACCACAAUGGCAUUGACAAAUUCAUUGUUUGCCGAGAGGAGCUUAUGUGCCUUUUUGACAUCUGUCCGGUCUGUUGUGAGAGGUCAGAUAGGAGCAUUGUGCAGCAGGAAGGAACUUUUCUAAAGAUCAAGCAGGUCUGUGCAUCAUGUGGCUACCACCGAUUCUGGCAAAACCAGCCAAUGCUUCACAGGAACAUGCCAACCUGCAACCUCCUGUUAAGCGGGGCCAUUCAUUUCACUGGAUGUUUGGCCACCCAGACAUUAAGGAUGCUGACUCUGUUUGGCCUGCAGUGCAUCAGUGCGAGCAGUUACUUUCGCCAUCAGCGCUGCUACACCAUCCCAGUAAUUGUUCAGGCCUGGCAAAAAGAUCAAGCACAGAGUUUCAGUGACCUACGGGCAAUGGAUGGUGGGCUAGUUCUUGCUGGUGACUGCAGGUCAGAUUCUCCUGGGCACUGUGCAAAGUAUGGGUCCUACUCUCUGAUCGAGGACAGAGUGAACAAGGUGGUGGAUGUUCAGCUUGUUCAGAGCUCAGAGGUACCCAACAGCUCAUGGUGUGAGCUUGAAGGGCUCAAGCGCAGUGUCAGCCUGCUGAGGGGAAAGGACCUGCAUUUGGCAACGCUGAUCACGGACCGUCAUCGCCAGGUUGCCAAAUGGGUGAGAGAGGAGCUGUGCCCUGAAGGGACACAGCAUUAUUUUGAUGUGUGGCACAUUGCCAAAAGUCUGGGGAAGGCCUUGGAUGCAGCUUCAAAAGAGUGUGACCAACUACAGCUGUGGAGGCCAGCUAUAGUGAAUCACCUCUAUUGGACUGCAGCCUCAACCCCAGACGGCAACCCAGCAGUCAUGGAGGCUAAAUGGAAAAGUUUAGUCAAUCACAUCCAAGACAUCCAUGACCAUGACACCCCUGCCUUCUCCAUUUGUGCCCAUGGCCCUCUAGACGGGGAUCAGCGCAACAAAGAGUGGCUGGACCCAGGCUCAUUGGCAGCAGUAAAGUUAGAAAACAUUAUCACGAGGACUGUCUUACUGAAAGAUGUUCGACAGCUGUCUCCACAGCACCAGACCUUCUCCCUUGAGGCUUACCACUCCCUCAUCUUACACUUCGCGCCCAAGCACACAGGGUUUUCAUACCUUGGGAUGUAUAGCAGGCUUCUCUUAGCGGCACUGCAUUAUAAUCACAAUGCCAACCGGGAGACAGCACGGAGAAGUGAUGGGACGGAGAAGUACUGCGUGCGGUAUCCGCGCUUCAGAAAAGGUGCCCAUGUGGUGCGUCCCAUCAAAGAGGCAGCUUCAUAUGGUUAUGCAACGUCAUUGAUGAAGGCCCUUCAGGAUAGCUACACCCAUUCACCUGCAGCUCUUCGAGAGGUUAGCGCUAAUUUGUCCUCUGAUGCACCCGCCCCCAUCGCCAAAUCCUUUGAACAGGUUCCUAAGGAGGAGGCCGUCAGCCUCUUCCUAGCCCAGCAGUCACGCUACAAGAGAACCUAAAUUCACAUUUUUUUUUUUUUCCACAGACAAUUCCAAUGAUUUAGUUGUAAGUAUUUAUUUUAGUUGUUAGUUAUCUUCUUUCCUACUGUCCCUGUCAUCUCAUUUGGUGGUGGUUUCCUGUAUUCUGCAUGUUUUGUUUUUUUCUUUGUGCACUGUUGCUUUGGUUUUACUUUGCACUAAAUCAUUAAAAAAAAUUUCAUCUUUGUAAGUGGCAAUAAUUGUCGUUGUACCCCAUUCACGGGGUCCUGCAUGCUGCAUGUCUGCUCCUCUGUCUGUUAUUUGCAUGAAAUUUGUUGUAUGUAAUUCAAAAUAAUUUACCAAUCAUUUUAAAUGUGCCUUGUCAACGUCUGUGUGCGGUGUUGUUGCUUGAUGUGCUUUUGCAUGCAUCACUGCAUAUGCAUUCAUAAAAGUGUGUGUGUGUGUGUGUGUGUGUGUGUGUGUGUGUGUGUGUGUGUGUGUGUGUGUGUGUGUGUGUGUGUGAGAGAGAGAGUACGAGAACCAUCAGUUGACCCUCAGGUAAGACCACACUUUUGCAGGCAUCUGAGAAAUAUAGCCAAAAGUCAAACAUUUUAAUCCUUGGAUGAUGCUAAGCAACUCAUAUAUAUUUUAUUAUAUCAUCUUGAUUACUGCAAUGCUAUGUACACUGGCCUACCGAAAAGUUCUUUAGCAAAGCUACAAUUGGUACAUAAUGCUUCUGCUACAGUACUAUUGAAAUUAAAGCGUUGCAUUCCAUGUAUGAAAAUUGCUAUACAAAUAAAUGUUUAUUAUUAUUAUUUAUGAAAGGUAUCAGGUCUAGCCCUUCAUCAGUGGGCUUUUUUUAUAUAGUUUUACUUGCAACCUGUGUCUUUGUUCAGUAAUCUUUGUCCUUGUUCAAUAAAUGUUUAGUAACCCUUAUAUACAAGCAAUGCCAAU